AUAGGCUUGCUUGUAAACAUGGCUCAGACCAACUUUGAUCGUAGGCGAAUCAAUGGCCCUGAAGAAAGUUUCGCACCGGUCUUUCAGGAGGACGAUGAAGAACUUCCAGCAUGGCGGCCUGGGAAGCCACGGCAUGGACGCAAGGCUGCCGAUAUCCGAUCCAUUUUUUUGAAGCCGGGGCUUAUCAACCAGGCUAAUGGGUCUGCAUACAUCGAGACGGAAAGGACCAAAAUUGCUUGUGCUGUCUAUGGUCCUCGACAGACAAAGACUACGUCUUUUGCUGAAAAAGGCAGGCUGAACGUAGAAGUGAAGUUUGCGCCGUUCUCAUGCAGAAAACGCAGAGCUCCAAUGCGUGAUGCAGAAGAUAGAUCCGUCGCCAUGCAAAUACAGCAGGCUCUUGUUCCUGCCGUACGAUUGGAACUCUUCCCGAAAUCCACUAUAGAUGUCUUUGUUACAAUCAUUGAAAACGAUGGUAUUGAAGGUUGCAUUGCCUCUGGCUCUGUUGCCGCAAGUGCGGCACUGGCAGAUGCUGGGAUAGAAAUGCUGGGACUUAUAGUCGCUUGUUCAGCAGCUACAAUUGGAGAUGAGGUUUGGCUGGAUCCCACGGAAGAGGAAGCACGGUCUUCCACUGGAAGUCUAAUAUAUGCCGGUAUGCCCGCAUUGAAUACCGUCACAAACCUAUCACAAACCGGACAGAUGUCUAUAGAGGAGACAACGAAGUGCAUGCAGGCUUGUCAGGAGCGAUGCACGGAUAUUCAUGUUGUGGUUGCACAAGCACUUCUGGAGAAUGCGAAGAGCAAUUGAUAUACACCCAUCUGUGACCGUUCACUUUGCAUAUCAAUUCCUCCGAAGGUCUGUACACGAAAUUCUCCACCGUCUGCGUCCCGGUACAUUGUGUCUCGCAUGGUAUCCUCCUUUGUUCUAACCUUUCCCCCUUCCCCACUGUCAACGUGAGACGUGUGUCGUUCAGGUCCACUUAAUGCCUUCCCUCUCUAUUUUCAAUCUAACACCUCACGUAAACCACCGCGGAAUACAAAGACGAGUGUCCAUAC